AGGUGGGGGUGGGCGAGGAGGGGCGCCCACGUCACGUGCCCGCGCAGGGGCCGCAAUAAAUGCCCCGCCGCCGGAGUGAGCGGCGGAAGCGCUGGGCGCCCGGCUGUGCGCACUCGGCUGCACCGAGCGGGAGCGCCAGGCCGCCGCCAGCCGUCGCCGCGAGCAGCUCGUGUCCCCGCCCCUUGUUCCUGCGCAUCAGGCUCGGAGAAGCGCUGACGCCCACCCCGGCGAGCUAACCGGGGAGCUCCCUUUCCGCCCGACUGCAGGCUCUAACUUUGAAGCGCUUCGCCCGCUCCUUCUCCCAGGUCCGAGAGGAGCCGUCGAGGCCGAGGCUCGCGCCCCUGCGGUCGGCGCCUCGUCGCCGGAGGACGCGCGGUGGCCCGGUCCUUCCCGAAGGACUGCGUGCGUGGCCGCGUGCGGAGGCUGGGGCGGCUGGGCUCGGUGGGCAGCUGCACACCGGAGAGCCAAAAGGAGUGGAAGAACCUGUCUUGGAGAUUUUCCUGGGGAAAUCCUGAGAUCAUUCAUUAUGAAGUGUACUGCGCGGGAGUGGCUCAGAGUAACCGCAGUGCUAUUCAUGGCCAAAGCAGUUCCAGCCAUGAUAGUUCCUAAUGCCACUUUAUUGGAGAAGCUUUUGGAAAAGUACACGGAUGAGGAUGGUGAGUGGUGGACCGCCAAGCAAAGAGGGAAAAGGGCCAUCACAGACAAUGACAUGCAGAGUAUCUUGGACCUUCAUAAUAAAUUACGAAGUCAGGUGUACCCAACAGCAUCAAAUAUGCAGUAUAUGACAUGGGAUAUAGAACUGGAAAGAUCUGCAGAAUCCUGGGCUGAGACUUGUAUAUGGGAACACGGACCUGCAAGCUUGCUUCCAUCAAUUGGACAGAAUUUGGGAGCACACUGGGGAAGAUAUAGGCCCCCAACUUUUCAUGUACAAGCAUGGUAUGAGGAAGUGAGAGAUUUUACCUACCCAUAUGAACAUGAAUGCAACCCUUAUUGUCCAUUCAGAUGUUCUGGUCCUGUAUGUACUCAUUAUACACAGGUGGUUUGGGCAACAAGUAACAGAAUAGGCUGUGCCAUUAAUUUGUGCCAUAAUAUGAACAUCUGGGGGCAGAUAUGGCCCAAGGCUGUCUACCUGGUAUGCAAUUAUUCCCCAAAGGGAAACUGGUGGGGCCAUGCCCCCUACAAACAUGGACGGCCCUGUUCUGCUUGCCCACCUAGUUUUGGAGGAGGCUGUAGAGAAAAUCUGUGCUACAAAGAAGGAUCAGACAGAUACUACCCUCCUCAAGAAGAAGAAACAAAUGAAAUUGAACGGCAGCAGUCACAAAUCCAUGACACCCGCAUUCAGACAAGAUCAGAUGAUAGUAACAGAAACGAAGUCAUAAGCACACAGCAAAUGUCUCAAAUUGUUUCUUGCGAAGUAAGAUUAAGAGACCAGUGCAAAGGAACAACCUGCAAUAGGUAUGAAUGCCCUGCUGGCUGUUUGGAUAGUAAAGCUAAAGUUAUUGGCAGUGUACAUUAUGAAAUGCAAUCCAGCAUCUGUAGAGCUGCAAUUCAUUAUGGUAUAAUAGACAAUGACGGUGGUUGGGUAGAUAUUACUAGACAAGGAAGAAAACAUUAUUUCAUCAAAUCCAAUAGAAAUGGUGUUCAAACAAUUGGCAAAUAUCAAUCUGCUAAUUCCUUCACAGUCUCUAAAGUAACAGUUCAGGCUGUCACUUGUGAAACAACUGUGGAACAACUGUGUCCAUUUCAUAAACCUGCUUCACAUUGCCCAAGAGUCUACUGUCCUCGUAACUGUAUGCAGGCAAAUCCACAUUAUGCUCGUGUAAUUGGAAGUCGAGUUUAUUCUGAUCUGUCCAGUAUCUGCAGAGCAGCAGUACAUGCUGGGGUGGUUCGAAAUCAUGGUGGUUAUGUUGAUGUUAUGCCUGUGGACAAAAGAAAGACUUACACCGCUUCUUUUCAGAAUGGAAUCUUCUCGGAAAGUUUACAGAAUCCUCCAGGAGGAAAGGCAUUCAGAGUAUUUGCUGUUGUGUGAAAUGGAACACUUGGAAGAGGAUUGUAAAGAUUAUUCCAAAUGCCAUAUUUCUGAAGUUUGUAUAAAACUGUAACAUUACUGUACAGAAGAUAGCAACUAUUUUUAGCCCCCCAAAAGUGCCAAAUGCAUAUAAAUCUUGAUAGACAAAGUCUGUAAAAUAAAACAUGGGACAGUAUUAGCUUUGGGAAAAGUAAUGAAUAUGUAAUGGUUUUAGAAAUCCUGUGUUAAAUAUUGCUAUAUUUUCUUAGCAGUUAUUUCUUCAGUUAAUUACAUAGUCAUGAUUGUUCAGCAUUUCAUAUGUUUAUAUUUUAUGGUGCUUUAUAUAUGCCACUAAUAAAAUGAAUCUAAACAUUGAAUGUGAAUGACCCUCAGAAAAUCAUCUGGUGCAUUUAAAAAUAAUCAACUCUAAUAAAAUGAAAGAAACUGUAUUAUCACAUAUUCCCCAGUUCAAUAUUAUACCAUUACCUACUCCAAAUAAUCUCAAAUUAUUUUCCACUUAAAACCUGUAUAGUUUUUCUCUUUUGUUAAGUUUAGGCAUAUAGAAUAUUGAGUCCUGGUAUUGCACUUCUUAUUUUGUAUAAAAUAAUUGCUUAAUAUCCAAGUGAAUCUGUCAAAAUGUUUGAUUCCUUGGGAAUGGUUUUAAUAGUAAGUGGAAUGAAUUCAAUGUAGUGGUAUGGAAAUAUUCCUAGUGAUCAUAUAGUAAAUACAGGGGUAAACGUGGGCAGCCAGAGCUUUCUAUGUAUUGUUCAAACUGAGGUCACACAUUUUCUUUUGCAUCCUGGCAAAUACUCCUGCAGGCCAGGAAGUAUAAUAGCAAAAUGUUUAACAGUAUAAUGUAUUGUAUCACCAUUGCCACUGAUUUUCUUAAUGGUAAAUGGCCUUGUGUAUAGAUGUUGCCAUAUUAUGGUACCUAUAAUGGUGAUAUAUUUGUUUCUAUGAAAAAUGUGCUUUGAGACCAAGAAUCUGUAAAAUGUUAAUUUUGGUAAUUUUUUGUCUACUGAUGAAUUUAUUCUUUCCCUGUAAACAUAUUAAAAUUAAUCAUGUUUCAAAAUAUUA